AUGGCGAAUUCUCAGCAGCAGUCGUUGGGGGUCAUCAUAUUUGUCCUCUUUAUUUGGAUGAUCCUCCCGGAUUCUGAUUACGGUGCCCAGUCACUCAUCUUGUCCGAUCUCGCGAGCGAUCGAUUGAAAGGCUUCCGCGGCGCCCUGGAUGUGUUGAAUCAGACGCAAUGGGGCGACUUCGCACCAGCAACGGCGGAACCCACCGAGACCGACGAACUGAAAUAUUUGAAUUUGACGGGAUUUCGAGAGGAGGAUGGCUUUGCUUGGGAAGACCUUGGACUUUUUCGCGAAAAAGCACUGCGCCUGAGCCGCUAUGCCAUGUCCACGGGAACUCAGCAGCUUUGGGAUAUUGGAGAGGGCUACCCGGCGUGGUCCAAUCCCUCGGGAACACUACACGGGGAGUGGGCACGCAAACCAGGAUCCGUUGUGCGGAACUACGAUAGCUAUAAUCUCAGCCACAGCGUUCCCUCCAUGGACUGGAUACAUGACCAGGUGGACUGGGCACGAAACAUUACUGGAGAGUCGGGGAGGAUGGUGCUCAUGCUCGAAGGCAAUAAAACUGUCACAGACUAUGAGCAGUUGCCAGCCGAACAAGCUCCUCUCUCUGGUGGCCAGAUACGCUCCAUAAAGGGCACAGUCACUCUCGAAGAUACCAGCGGGACUGGGAUCAACUGGGAGAUGCGGCUCUGGGGGGCUCACUGGCCUCGACAGGGUGUCAUUCUCAUGACAACCACGAGCGAAAAGUUUGACGGGAUAUUUGGUCUACCUCACUUGGCACCAGGUGCUGACUUCUUUCAGAGCAGUCAGUUGCUGCUAAAUCGGAGUGUGGACCAUACUCUGGCUAAAAAGGAGCAGAACACGUUUGUUGACCAGACCGCUCCUUGGAGCUCUGAUAUUGACAACCCCCUUUAUACAAAACAUCCUUCUCCGCAUUGCGAACUUGUUCUUUAUGCCCAGGUUCAUCCACCAAGUCCAAAAGAUUUGGGUGGUGAUUCUAGGGAUAGCUUGAACAUGGUAGAAAUGAUUGAAGCAAUUGAGUCGGAAAUCAACUUCCCCAAAGGCGCCCCAGUACCUACUGCUCCCGAAUUGCAGAUAUCAUCUGUUAUCUACUCUCCGGACUGCAGUUUCUUCUUGGAAACCAAAGGGCCGCCAGAUUUCCCUGCAUCCGACUUCAAGCAUCUGAUCGGGCUGAAGAAGGAAAUUCAUCUCCACCAAGUUAAAUCUUGGCUUCUUAUCUACGCUUUAGUGGUUUUUGCUCAAGUCAUUCUCUUGAAAUCCCAGUUAGCAGAGACAUGUACUCCAUCCACUAUGGCCAGGGUCAGCUUCGGGACCGUCAGUGUGAUGGUCCUCGUCGACGGCAUGACGUUUACUGCGGCAGCCACCUGGGUAUCCUCGGCUGCCUCUACCUUCCUGCCAACCCUUGCAGUUAUGUUUGCCGCCUUCCUCUCAAUGACGAUUGGCGGCAGCUUCUUGUCAAAGAUCUACGAGGUCCAGCUGCCUGAAGGACGCAACCGUCGGGAAACGUCCAAUCCCGUCACCACAACCGCAACCCCUAUACCUCAAGCCCCACUGACCUCGGAUUCAGGUCCAAUCCUGCCCGCUCCUGUGACGGCUGGACGUCCCCAGGUUGCCUCCUCGGGACCAAUCAUUGUGCCAUUCGACCAAGACAUUGAUGCUGAAAUCGCCGAGGCGGCCGCCGCCCCCCUGGCAGGCACUGCCCAGCAGGCAGGCCAACAAACCCGGGCAGAGGCGUUCUCUACUUUCCAAGCGAUCAUCGGGCGCUACGUUCUUCUCAGUCUUGGCAUUAGUUUCCUCGCCAUAUCGUCGACGACCUGGUACCCCGGGGUGCGGUCCGCUUUUCUCAACAUUUGUGCCCUGCUCUACCUCUCCCUAUGGAUGCCCCAGAUCUACCGCAACGUUAUGCGCAACUGCCGCCGCGCCCUGCGCUGGCAGUUCGUAGCCGGUCAGUCUGUUCUCCGCGUUCUCCCCAUAGCCUACUUCUGGGUCAAGCCCGACAACUUCCUCUACGCCCGAACCGAACCGCGUGCCUUCGUCUUCCUCGUUGGGUGGCUCUGGCUCCAGAUCGUCAUCCUCAUCGCGCAGGAUGUCGUGGGACCUCGCUUCGGAGUCCCCAAGAGCUGGACGCCCGAGGCGUGGGACUAUCACCCUGUUCUCCGAGAAGACAACCUUGAAGCUGGUGGCCUGCCUAUAGGCCUUGUGGACGACCACGGCGGCCUCGAACGCAGACGUAGCAGCGACCAUAAGCGCCGCGGCUCCGAAUCCAAUACUCGAAGCAUCGACUGCGCUAUAUGCAGGGAACUCCUUGAAGUCCCUGUCCUCAAGGCGGGCGAGGAGGCCGGCAGUGUUGCCGGUGCAUUUGCCAGACGCAUGUACAUGGUAACGCCGUGUAGGCACAUAUUCCAUAGCGAUUGUUUGGAAGGAUGGCUCAAGUUCAGGCUACAGUGUCCCAUCUGCCGCGAAGAGCUUCCUCCAUUGUAA